CCUCCCUCUCUGUGUACGUGUACCUAUCUAUCUAUACACACACACACACACACAUAUAUAUAUAUAUAUAUAUAUAUAUAUAUAAUCUGGGCGAUCGAGAAGUGCCGAUUCGGAAGGCACUGUAUUGUAAGCAUUCGGCCAAUAAUCGUUCAGGGAACAUUUUUUUUUGUCAAUUUCCUUUUCACGCAUAAAUACUUGGUUUUUGUAAUUUUAAAUAAUAAAUAAUCUACUUCUUCUUUUGCAUUUUUUUAUUUUAUUUUUAUUUUUAUUUUUUACUUUUAUAUAUAUAUAUACAUACAUACAUAUAUUACAAUGCCUCAGUACUGUGACAUAUCUACUCUUACACUAGAAGAAGAGCCAGUAUGCAUGCCAGCCUUUGAACUAUUCGACGAAACAAUUGCACCUCUUGAAGUACAAGCUGCCCCUGUACGAACACCAUCGGCUCCGAUAGCAGGCGUCUAUUCGAAUUCAGGAUUUGAUAUGAUUCAAGUUCUCUCAAGUCUUGCGAACAGACCUAACCCUGAAAUACAUUUGGGUCCGAUUGACUUGUCUUGUUCAUUUUUGGUAUCCGAUGCUCGUCAAUACGAUUGCCCGAUUAUUUACUGCUCGCCAGCAUUUGAGACCCUGACAGGCUACAGUUCAAACGAAAUCUUGGGGAAGAAUUGUCGAUUUCUACAGGCACCAGAUGGUCUUGUAACCGGAGGAUCACGAAGACGCCACACAGACAAUCAGGCUGUCUACCACCUAAAAGCCCAGUUGAUUCAAAAUAGAGAACAUCAAGCAAGCAUUAUUAAUUAUCGUAAAGGAGGCCAGGCUUUUGUAAACCUCAUUACAGUCAUUCCACUCCUUGAUAAUCAAGGUGAGGUUGCCUAUUAUGUCGGAUUGCAGGUGGAUUUGGUAGAGCAGCCAAAUUCUAUUAUGGAGAAAAUGAAGGAUGGCACAUAUAUGAUAAAUUAUCAGCAAAACCCCUUGCCGCUCCAAUUGCCAGACAAGGCCAUAUUGGACCAAAUGGAUGAUUAUUUUCGUGAGCUUCCUAGCCUGGGAAGCACUUAUAGUUUCCUGACUAAUCCCGAAGUCAUGGCACUCGUGAAAUCCAAGUCGGCUAGGUCCAGAUGCGAUUCAGAAAAUGAACAGAGUUAUCUGCUGGAAUGGAACAAGUUGAUAUUAGACCAAUCAGACGACUUUAUCCAUGUUGUGUCUCUCAAGGGCUUCUUCCUCUAUUGCUCCGGAGCGGCCAAGAAUCUGCUGGAAUACGAACCUGAAGAUCUGCUCGGGAAGUCUCUCAGCUCGAUCUGCCACCCAUCGGACAUUGUGCCGGUGAUGCGGGAAAUAAAAGAAGCGGCUGCAAGUGGAAACAGUGGAAAGGUGGUCGACCUUUUGUUUCGUGUACGACGCAAGUAUUCUGGAUACAUGUGGAUGGAAUGUCGUGGAAGGCUGCACAUGGACCAAAGCAAGAGCCGCAAAUGUCUUGUGCUUUCAGGCAGACAGAGGCCGGUUUACAAGCUCCACUGGCGAGAUAUUUGCUCGACUUCUUUGGAAGGAACAGAGUUUUGGGCAAAAACCAGUCUGGCCGGUCUGUAUCUACAUGUGGCAGCAAAGUGUCAAGAAACAAUUGGAUUUUCUGCAGAGUCACUAGAAGGAGCCUCGAUUUACCAAUAUAUUCCAAACCAUGAGAUCCCGGACAUGAGCCGUGCAUUUGACCUGGUCCGCCAAGGUCAGCGAGUCAAUCUCCAGCAUUCGAUUCUUAACGAAAAGGGUAACUACUCUACCGUAACUUCCACAUUCUAUCCCGGAGACGUGUCUUCUUUUCAAAGCGAGCCUGCAUUUGCGCUGGUCCAGACACGGCUUGGCAGAGAAGAAAUGUUCAGGACAGAUAACAAUCUCCAAGAGAAUGUAUUUUCCGAGAUUGAGCCCACGCGUGGAACCAGUUGGCAAUAUGAGCUCCAUCAACUUCAGUUGGCCAACAAGAGACUUCAUGAGCAAAUAGAAUCUCUCUCUGGGCCCAAACGCAAGAAGCAAAGAAAGAGAAAACAUAUUCAGGAGAUUUCCAAGAUGUGUGCACAGUGCCAGUCCCAAGACUCACCUGAAUGGAGAAGAGGACCAAAUGGUCCAAAAGAGCUGUGUAAUGCAUGUGGUUUACGUUAUGCUAAAACCAUCCAGACAAGGCCUAAAAUCACAGCCAUCUAAAUCUAAUCCAUAUACACUAACUUACCUUGCAUCACAUAUACUUUCUUUACAUACCUACAUCUUUUCUUUUCUUUGUUUUUUUUUCUUUUGGUUUUGCAUAAACUCAUAUUGC